CCCACCACUCCCCAUCCAUUGAAGGACCAAUUCAUCUCCAACUCAUCUCCACUCCGACCGUCAAUACCAUCACCAUGGUUGCCAUCGCUCGCUCCUUCGGCGCCGCCCGCGUGGCCGCCCGUGGCUUCUCCAACGCUGCCCGCGCUCCCCAGCAGAACACCCUCGUCGCUGCCCGCAGCGCCUUCCGCAACAACGCCGCCCGCAACGUCAUCCAGAAGCGUGGCAUCGUCGCCGAGUCCACCGCUGCCGCCAUGGUCGCUGCCGCCAAGAUCCAGGGUGCCGGUCUCGCUACCAUCGGUCUUGCCGGUGCCGGUGUCGGUAUCGGAACGGUUUUCGGUGGUCUCAUCCAGGGUGUUGCCCGCAACCCUUCCCUCAGGGGUCAGCUCUUCCAGUACGCCGUUCUCGGUUUCGCCUUCGCUGAGGCCACUGGUCUUUUCGCGCUCAUGAUGUCCUUCUUGCUCCUCUACGUCGCAUAGAUGUGUGCAUUGCAUGGACUGCCGGACAUUUGGGGUCAACGGUAUGGGGGUGCCGCAAGGUGGAAAACUUUUCUUGCGGAUGGGUGUGUGCAUAGGGACGACUACUACCUCUUUUCCUACUCUAGUGGCCGGUCAGAUUGUGUAAAACAUGUACUUUAGACGAGCAAUCUGAA